GUAGUAUAUUUGUAAACAUUCGUUUAUCAUGUAUUGGGCUAUGUACAUUAUGGGCACGUAGCUAGUAUACUCCGUCAUGUAUAUAUACUUCCUGUGACUGAUGGAAAACACAAGUUUCACGUUCAAUAAUGUCUACAUGGUAUCAGAGCGAUCCUAGGGUUAGUUUCCAAACCCCUGCUCUCGUGUCAUUGAUGCGCCGCCCGUCUGUCUCUCUCGGCGGUGCUGUUCGUUGUAGGUGCGUCGGAGUCAGAGCUCGUCGGCCCUCCUCCUUCGCUGAACAGAUCCGGAAGGUUUGUUCCAGUCCAGCAUCGUCCGUCAAGCUUUGUCCUCUGCAAACUUCGUCCGUCCAGCAUCGUCAGGUCUCUUUGUCCGCCGACAAGUCAGCCGUCUGUCCGCCGCUCGUAAUCCACAAUUCGGCCAGGUUUCUGUUCGUCCUUGUCCAGAUUCGCCGACAUCAAAUUUAAUUCCAGCAGAUCCGCCCGUCCAGAUCCACCCGUCCGUCUGUUCCAGCGAUCCAUCCCAGCAGAUCCGCCCGUCCAGCGAUCCGCCCAGCAGAUUCGUUCGUGCUAUCUUCGUCGACCUCCGUCCUUCAGCCGUCAAUUUCAGUCGGUUCUUUCAUCCUUCAGCAGUCUAUUGCAGCAGAACCCUCAAAAAAAACCCCAUUCCAUGGCUGCCGAAUUGUGUGGAGAUAAAAUGGUUUGGUUAAUGUCUGUGAUUGAAUCUUUUUCGUCCAAUCAAAUAAAUGGUAUGACUUCUACAUUUUGUGAGUGGUUAAUUGAUAGUGGAGCUUCACAUCACAUGACAGGAUCUCUUUCACACUUAUUUAAUGUUGAGGAUGUCUCUCCUCAUUCCAUAUGUCUCCCUGAUGGGUCCCGUGUUCAGGCUGUCAUACAGG